GGAACUCAGGGCUUUGGGCACAGCCUCUGAGGCCGUAUCAUCCAACCUUCCCUCUGCUGUUUGCAUCUCCCCUACAAGAUCCCUGCACACUGGUCAUUCAGCCCUUUGGUAGGAGAAACUCAGCCCUUGAGAUAAACCAUUCCACCUUGAGGCAGUGCCCAACUGCAGGCAAGCUCUCUCCUGUGUUGAGUCCCUCAUCUCACUUUUGCCCAUCAACUCCCUCAUGUCCUCAGAGGCUAACGAGGCCAUUCUAAUUCCACUUCCUGUCCCUUCCCUUCAGAUAAAGAUGACAGCCAUCACCGUGCUGUUUCCUCACCAAGCCAGGCUCUUCAACCAUUCCAUACCUGAAGUAAUUUUGAAUCCUUAAAUAUUUGUACAUCACCGUGUCCCUCCUGCUGGUGUCCAUGGUGUGGGCACAUUUAGACUGAGUAAAUAUCAGUUGAGUAAAUAAGGAGAUGAGUGGACCCUUGUAGGUAGAUGGCAUCACAACGUAUUUCAUUGAGUCUUUUGUCUUAAUUAAGUAUUGUGUGGUUUCCAGGUACAGAGCCUAUUUUGGCUAGUUCAAGUAAAAAUUUGAGGUUUAAUGGAAGGAUCCAAGGGACUCUAAAGAAAGCUAAAUGUAGGAAAAUUAAAAGGCCUUGUGGAAUGAGAACAAUAUCAGAAAGUGCUCACUCUCUCUCUCUCUCCCUCCUCAUUUGUGUUUUCUGCUCCCUAACUUCUUUUUGUGUCUGCACCAUGUCCUUCUCUUGCUACACUGAUUCCCCCUCUAUUGCUCAUGGCCCAGCAUGGCAGCUGUCCCAGAGCCAUAUUCUCACUUGGCUCCAUGUCCAUCAGCAUGUAAAUGACAGGAGCUCUGUGUCCCACUAGAGAGGAAUGGAUUGGUCACUCUUCCAUGAAAUGGCCACUCUAGACCAAUCAGUGAGAGCUGGCAGGCACAGGGAGGAGUCAGCUAGCACCAACAUUCAUCCUUCAGUACCUCUUUAGCAAGGAUUUGAAGGGUUUGUUAGAGGGGAGAGAAAAUCUUUUGGGAAAGGAAUAUGGGUGAAUAAAAAUGCUUGUAUCUCUUGUAUACCUUUAAGGACCAGUAUUAUAAAUUUAUUUGAGAGGCUCAGACUGCUCUCAGAGAAGCAUUUUAUCCUUAGGAUGUCCAAACAUGAGUGCUAGGGACUUGCAGCCUUCAGAACUUCCUGUGCUUCUAGAAUUCAGCUUCAGGGCCGUGGAAUCAUGAAAGGCUUGCCCAGUGACAAUAAGUGACCUAGAAAGAGUUCAAGCUUCCCUUCUGUGGCACGUGGUGUUACUGAAAUUAGUAAUGACUCCUUAGCAUCUUGUCAGUGAUCCUGGUCAUCUUCAGGUUCAACCAGCAAGUCCUAGACACAUAAAUAGCCCAUUUUCUUCUUCCCUGUAUGCAUGGGGAAGGAAUGUGUGUAUAGCAUGAUGAGGGUUAUGGUUGGGGAAGGGCUGGAGAAAAGGGGAAUGUGACUGUUUUGCAAAAGUAAUUCAUUGGAUUAUAGACUAGAGAGUCCCUUAGAAAUCAUCUAGCCAUGUAGUUAUCAAACUGUGUUCCUCAGACCUCUAGGGUUUCUCAGAAGUCCCUCAAAAACAAAAAGAGAAGGUAACAGGGAAGAUUGAGUAGGCAGACUUUCAGCCACCACCACCACCUGGCCCACCAGUAUUUGUUCAGCACCCACAGCAAUUUGGGUAUUCUUAAUAUUAUAUAUUGGGUUGCUGUUUGUUAUUUACAGGUGAGGAAACUGUGCGGAGGGGUGGAGUGACUUCCUCAUGGUCACAUGACUAGUGAGAGCCUGAGCUUUGCUGGUUGCCUUCUAUGCUGACUCCCAGAGCCCUCUUUCUGCUGGCACAGGUCAUACUGAGACAAGAAAGAGAGCAAUGAUUUUUGACAAGGAUAAGUAUUAUGACAGCUGACCAUCUGUGUCUGCAACCUGCAGCAAAGCAUCAAGCAUUCACUACUGGUGCCGCACAAGUUGCCCGUCCCCCUAAAUCUGGGGGUUGACUCCAGACGCUCCCCAUUGGAGUGCCGCGCGGAGUCAGGGCGCCGGGCUCCCCCGCCUGAUGUCACCGGCGUGCAGUCAACCCAGCGGAGGCUCAUUGAAAGCAGACCCUCCUCGGCGCUGGCUGGGCGGAGGCGCCGCUGUCCGCAGACCCGCCGCGGGCCCGGCCCGGCCGAGCCGAGCGGGCGCCCCCCGCCCGCGCCCCUCCUCCCGCGCUCCCUCGCGAGCCCGGCCGGCGCGCCUGACGUGGACCAUUAACUUGGAGCUGCCGCCUGGUCCCCUCUCUCCUCCUCCUCCUCCUCCUCCUCCUCCUCCCUCUGACAGGCAAGCGAGCGGCGGUGCAGGAGCAGGCGCGCGCUGCCGGCCGGGCUGCGUGGGGAGAUGACUCCUGGCCGGGAGGGCGCCUCUGGGAAGAAGACCACCACGGGGGAGGCAAAGUUUCAGGGCAGCUGAGGAGCCUUCCCCGCAGCCCUUCCAGCCCUAUCAGCCCCGUGGCUAUGGAGGGCGGACUCUAAAAUGAAUCCCGACCUGGACACCGGCCACAACACAUCAGCACCUGCCCACUGGGGAGAGUUGAAAAAUGCCAACUUCACUGGCCCCAACCAGACCUCGAACAACUCCAGACUGCCCCAGCUGGACGUCACCAGGGCCAUCUCCGUGGGCCUGGUGCUGGGCGCCUUCAUCCUCUUUGCCAUCGUGGGCAACAUCUUAGUCAUCUUGUCUGUGGCCUGCAACCGUCACCUGCGGACACCCACCAACUACUUCAUCGUCAACCUGGCCAUCGCCGACCUGCUGCUAAGCUUCACCGUGCUGCCCUUCUCGGCCGCCCUGGAGGUGCUGGGCUACUGGGUGCUGGGCCGCAUCUUCUGUGACAUCUGGGCCGCCGUGGACGUCCUGUGCUGCACCGCCUCCAUCCUGAGCCUGUGCGCCAUCUCCAUCGAUCGCUACAUCGGAGUGCGCUACUCUCUGCAGUACCCGACGCUGGUCACCCGCAGGAAGGCCAUCCUGGCGCUCCUCGGCGUCUGGGUCUUGUCCACAGUCAUCUCCAUCGGGCCUCUCCUCGGGUGGAAGGAACCAGCACCCAACGAUGACAAGGAAUGCGGGGUCACCGAAGAGCCCUUCUAUGCCCUCUUCUCCUCACUGGGCUCCUUCUACAUCCCUCUGGCGGUCAUCCUGGUCAUGUACUGCCGCGUCUACAUCGUGGCCAAGAGGACCACCAAGAACCUGGAGGCCGGAGUCAUGAAGGAGAUGUCCAAUUCCAAGGAGCUGACCCUGAGGAUCCACUCCAAGAACUUUCACGAGGACACCCUCAGCAGUACCAGGGCCAAAGGCCACAACCCCAGGAGUUCCAUAGCUGUCAAACUUUUUAAGUUCUCCAGGGAAAAGAAAGCAGCCAAGACCUUGGGCAUAGUGGUCGGGAUGUUCAUCUUGUGUUGGCUGCCCUUCUUCAUCGCUCUGCCGCUUGGCUCCCUCUUCGCCACCCUGAAGCCCCCUGACGCCGUGUUCAAGGUGGUGUUCUGGCUGGGCUACUUCAACAGCUGCCUCAACCCCAUCAUCUACCCGUGCUCCAGCAAGGAGUUCAAGCGAGCCUUCCUGCGCAUCCUCGGGUGCCAGUGCCGCGCCCGCCGCCGUCGCCGCCGGCGUCGUCGCCUGGGCAACUGCGCCUACACCUACCGGCCGUGGACGCGCGGCGGCUCGCUGGAGCGCUCGCAGUCGCGCAAGGACUCGCUGGACGAUAGCGGCAGCUGCCUGAGCGGCAGCCAGCGGACCCUGCCCUCGGCCUCGCCGAGCCCCGGCUACCUGGGCCGCGGCGCCCAGCCGCCCGUCGAGCUGUGCGCCUUCCCGGAGUGGAAGGCGCCCGGCGCCCUCCUGAGCCUGCCCGAGCCCUCCGGCCGCUGCGGGCGCCACAAUUCAGGCCCGCUCUUCACCUUCAAGCUCCUGGCCGAGCCCGAGAGCCCCGGGACCAACGGCGGCUCUAGCAACGGGGGCUGCGAGGCCGAGCCCGACGUGGCCAACGGGCAGCCGGGCUUCAAAACCAACAUGCCCCUAGCGCCUGGGCCUUUGUAGGGCCCCGCGCGCCCCUUCCUUUCCCUGGGGGGGGAAAUCUCGGUGGGGGCGGGGGAAGGGAGGGGUGUGUCCGCGCCUGGCAGACCCGGGCCCGAGGGCCAACGGGGGCGGGCGGGGGCGAGAAGAGGGGCGGCUGCUUUUCUGGCAGGGGCAUGGGUGCCAGGUGCAGAGCGGAAAGCUGGGCCGAGCAUGCUGAGAGCCUGGGGGCCCGGACGCGGGCCGCGAUUACGCCUCUCUCCCUCGGUGUAUAUAUCCCCGCGUCCCUCCGUACCUGUAUUUAACCGUGGGUACACGUGCGUGUGUUUGUGCGGUGUACGUGUGGUCUGCAUGUGUGCGUGUGUGGGGCAGAGUGAGUGCGCGCCCAGGAGCCCGCGGGGGCCUUGUUUGUCUCGUGACUUUGUACCUCUCAAGCCCCUCUGACCUACAGGGAACGCUGGCACUUGGGCGGGAUUGGAAACAAAGUCGGACAUUAAAGUUAAUUUCUUCUCUGUGCC